UCAUUCAUUCAGUUAGUUGUCAAAUAGACGGCAAGGUGGUUGUUUGUCUAAAAUAGCUCCGAAGCGCGGUCCGCGUGCUUUUAUUUCCAUCGCUUUUAAAUAAUAAUUCUAACAGAAAACCACAUUGUUGUGAUAUUUUAUAAAUUCGUUGUUAUUUCAUCAAUACGAACAGCAACUUUUUUUGCUAGCGAAUACUGAACUGUAGCAUAUGUGUUUAUAAAUAUCGGCCGGUAUCAAAAUUAAAAUGAUGUGUUAAUAUAACUGUAAAUCGAAUUUAUACUGUCCGUAAAGAUGAGUACGCCACAGAAGGAUAUAGAGCUGAGUCCAGUGAAGCCUGACGCUAAUACUAGCACGGCGCCGGAGAAACUAAAUCUGCCGGUAAACGAUGAAGAGGAUGUUAUUAUUGGGCGGUUUAGGAAGAUAAGCUCGGCGAAGUCCAUGGCAGCAACGAAUGGCAACAUACAGUAUCCAUCGGCUGCGGACGUGCCUAUGAGGAGUGAGGACGUGGAGGCCGGGCUACAGUUUAAAACCAGGGAGCCGGGGGAGAAAGACCGGUUGCUGCCGGAGUCGGCGACCAACGGCUCGGUAACGGUGCAAUCCCGUUCGCCUGUCACUAAGAGCAGCUUCCGCGAUAUCGAAAAGCCGUCCAGGUUCAAGGAUCAACCAUCUGCUACUAGAUUCCAGAUGGAACAUGAGCAAGAGGAGGAGCAAGAACACACUGACUCCGAUGGAAUGGACAGCGACGAUCCUCUCACGUGCACGGAUACUAAAUAUGGCAAGAGUUUCAGGCAUUUCACGAGAGAAGCUCUGCCAAGGCUGGACAACUAUAGAAAUGUGCUGUCGUUGCACGCGGCGCCUCGGCCUACGCUGGAUGAGUUGCACAAUGCCUCGCUCUCUAGGAAGCCACAAAUGGUGGAGAAGGACUUGGCGACUCCGACGCUAACAUCAACGAACCUGAAGUUUGGUUGGAUCAAGGGAGUGCUGAUGCGAUGUCUCCUCAACAUAUGGGGGGUGAUGCUGUUCCUCCGGCUGUCCUGGGUCGUUGGCCAGGCGGGUGUGGCGCAGUCAAUGCUCCUGAUCCUCACAACGUCCGUGGUGACCACCAUCACGGCGCUCUCCAUGUCUGCCAUCAGCACCAACGGUGUCAUUAAAGGAGGCGGCACAUACUACAUGAUAUCGCGGUCGUUGGGCCCCGAGUUUGGUGGCUCCAUCGGCUUGAUAUUCUCGAUGGCGAACGCCGUGGCCUGCGCUAUGUACGUGGUGGGCUUCGGAGAGUCGCUCAUCACGCUUAUACCGGAGACCGCUUAUAUGGUCGACAAAGGAUGGGACCAGGCAAUAUACGGAUGUAUAACAAUAGUACUCCUAACGGGCAUAGUGAUCGUGGGCAUGGAGUGGGAGGCGAAGGCACAGAUAGUGUUACUGGUGAUACUGCUGGCGGCCAUCGCUGACUUCUGCAUAGGCUCCAUCAUAGGACCUAAGAGUGACGUCGAAAUGGCGCAAGGAUUCGUUGGGUAUAAUUGGACGGUGCUACAAGAGAAUAUAGGUCCAGACUACAGGCGGUUCGAAGAAGUGGACUAUAACUUCUUCUCCGUGUUCGCGAUAUUCUUCCCUGCCGCCACUGGUAUACUGGCUGGCGCUAAUAUUUCCGGAGAUUUAAAGGACCCUCAAAAAUCAAUUCCCAAAGGCACCCUGUUGGCUAUCCUGCUGACAACGAUAUCGUACCUGGUGAUAGCAGUGAUAGCUGGGUGGACGGUACUGCGGGACGCGUCGGGCGACGUCGCGGAUAUUGCCAACUGGACCAUGGCUAAUUGUGCUGCGACUGACUCAUGUGCUUAUGGACUGCAUAAUAGUAAUGAUGUAAUUCGUCUGGUAUCUGGUUUCGGUCCUCUGAUCUACGGCGGGUGCUUCGCGGCGACCCUGUCUUCUGCGCUCGCGUCUUUAGUGUCGGCGCCUAAAGUGUUUCAGGCGCUAUGCCAGGACAAGUUGUACCCGUACCUGGAAUUCUUCGCGAAGGGUUACGGCCCCAACAACGAGCCCGUGCGUGGGUACGUGCUCACGUUCGUCAUCGCGGUCGCGUUCAUACUUAUGGGCGGUCUGAACCAGAUAGCUCCGCUGAUUUCCAACUUCUUCCUGGCCGCGUAUGCUCUCAUCAACUUCUCCACGUUCCACGCCAGUCUCGCCAAGCCCGUGGGAUGGAGACCUACUUUCAGGUUCUACAACAUGUGGCUGUCCCUGGUGGGGUCCCUGCUGUGCGUGGCCAUCAUGUUCGUCAUCUCCUGGAUCACGGCACUCGUCACCUUCGGGUUCCUGCUUACCUUGUAUCUGCUCGUGUCCUACAGGAAACCUGAUGUGAACUGGGGCUCUACAACUCAAGCGCAGACGUACAAGGCGGCCCUCACUGGAGUCUACCAUCUCAACACCGUCACUGAACAUGUUAAGAAUUACAGGCCCCAGAUCCUGGUACUAACCGGUUUCCCCGGCGAGCGCCCGAUCCUGACAGACUUCACGUAUCUACUCACCAAGGGACACUCACUCAUGCUCUGCGGACAUAUCAUCCAGGGGCAGGUGAGUCACCGCGGUCGCGAAGCACUGACUAGCCGCGCGUACCAGUGGUUCAAGGGACGGAAGAUCAAGGCGUUCUACUCCGUUGUGGACGAUGUCGGGUUCAAAGAGGGCGCUAGUGCACUUGUACAGGCAAGCGGUAUCGGCAAGUUGAAGCCGAACAUCUUGUUGAUGGGAUUCAAGGAGAACUGGCAAACGAGCGAGCGAAACGAUAUCGCAGACUACGUCGAAGUUAUGCAUAAGGCGCUGGACGUGCACAUGGCGCUAGCAGUGCUGCGCGUGGAGGGCGGCCAGCACGCGCCCGACGCGCUCGACCACGACCUGCACGCCUACCUCAACGACGUCAACCUCAAGGACCUCUCCGCCUUCUCCCGUUCCAUGGGAGAUAAUAAGGAAUCUAAGUCCAAUGAGAGUCUCAACACGCACUCCAGAGGUAGCAGUAUGUCAGAUGUAUCGCUCGGGUCGCCGCAACUGGACCGCGGCGUGUCAGCCGACCCAGCCGCUUUGAAGAAGGAUAAUAAAGCACAAAAGAGUGAUGAUAAAGACAACUCAGUACUAGGCGGCACUGGUUUAAGUGGCGUGGUGCGUCGUGCCCUGGGCGGGUCGGCGGCACGGCGCGCCUCGUCGUUCACGUCCGUGGAACAGUUCACCAAGCGACAGGCCGGCACCGUCGAUGUCUGGUGGCUGUAUGAUGAUGGAGGUCUAACCCUUCUCCUGCCUUACAUCUUAUCGACACGUCGCGCCUGGUCGUCGUGUCCGCUUCGAGUGUUCACCCUCGCCAACAAGAACACAGAACUCGAGAUUGAGGAGCGAAAUAUGGCCUCCUUACUAUCAAAGUUCCGGAUAGACUACUCCGCAUUGAAGAUGAUAUCGGACAUAACGCGGCGGCCCAAGGACUCCACGCUGGCGUACUUCGACAAACUGAUCGCGCCCUUCAAGUGUGCCGAUGAUGACAAUACGGGCAUAACGGAGGCGGACCUGCUAGCAGCGCAGGACCGCACGUGGCGCCACCUGCGGCUGCGCGAGCUGAUCGCGUCGCAGUCUGCGGGCGCGCGCCUGGUGUGCGUGACGCUGCCCAUGCCGCGGCGGCGCGGCGUCGUGCCGCCCGCGCUCUACGUGGGCUGGCUGCACGCGCUCGCCACCGCCGCCGACCGCACCCUGCUCGUGCGCGGGAACCACGCCGCCGUGCUCACCUUCUACUCCUAGGGUCUCUACACUCCUUGCUACAUUUCUAUCUUUGUACUGUUCAAUGUGGGACUUGACAGAUUUGUCUACUUUUAUUUCGAUAUGAGUUAUACGUGGGUUAUCACUACUACUUCUUUAGUGUCGAUAUUGAUUUCUGCUACUCUCAUAUCGAUCUGAGCUAUGAUACUAUUAGUAGGAUGGAAUGGAGAUUCUCCUUUUGAAUCGUUAUAUGUUUGUCACUUACCAUAUUUUGCGUUAUGAUUGUAACGU